AUGGUAUGUAGACCGGCAACAUAUUUGGGUAUCGCACAAGCUCUAGACCAUGUGCUGCAAUACAGCAGUUAUCUGCUGUUGUCCGUGUCAAUGAAGCGGUCUGACCGUCACAGUAGCCCGCGGCCAGGCAAAGAUCCUGUGGGAAUAGUAAAACACCCACAGUCUGGCAUAGCUGUUAGUCAGGUAGUGAUUGCUAUGGUGAUGUCCGGCGAGAACCAAGAAAUAAGAGUCCUCCGUAUACUUAGUCUGUUCUUGCACCAUCUCAAGGAUCUUGCGUAUGGGAGUUUCCCCUAUAGCUGCAUUCCUGGGCUCCUGAACCCCUGUAAAUAUGCGCCUUGCGGUUUCAGCCUUUCCGGCCGCCAGUUUAUUCAAUUGACUGGAAGCUCCCAGGUUCAUAGAGGACCUAUUUGUAGUCCUAAAAUCCUCCCCUUCUCGACAUGCGAUCACAUACCAGCCUGUUACUCAUGGCUGACAAUCAUGCCAUUUAAGCAGCAUGAUGGGAAGAUCUACCGCAUCGCAGCACUCCUUGCUUUUCACGUUGUGUUCAUAAUAAGCGCGUGUCCCCGGCAAAGUUCUGCCGCUGGAGACGUAUUCCUUUUCCCCCCGCAGAGUGGUUACACCGGCGAAUACAUAUCGAAUCUAGCUUUCACGGUCGGGCAGUCGAUCGACAUCAAGUGGAAAAGCGGCUGCGACGAGUCCAUUCAGUUCUGGUUGAUGAAGGAUUCCAAUGGUGGCGACUGUCAGUUCCAGCGUGAUGCGCGGUGUAGUCAAAUCGCAGAGACUCCCAACAAUGGCUCCACCGCAUGGAAUGUCAGUUUCAUGGGGCUUGCCGGCCCCGGCGUCUACUACAUAUAUGGCUUAUGCAGCGACCCGGGCUCGACCCAUUUCAGCUGUCACUACUUCAAUAUUACGUCGAAGCCAGUUUCCACCUCGACGACGGCGCCCCAAGCCACGGUCACUAUCCCGGCGUCAACGACGCAGAGCCGCCUUCAAGACCCUACCACGUCGAUAUCGACAUCUCUGGCACUCGUAGGAACGACAAAGUCAACGACCCCAGUAGGUGCUAUCGUCGGAGGGGUGAUUGGGGGUCUUUUGAUAAUCGGAUUGACGCUUAUUGCUGGAAUUGUACUACUGAGGAAAAGAGCAUCAUCUGAUCCAGGUGGAUCUAUGCCGCAGACAUGGAGGGGGAAGGCCGAGUUCCCCGAAGCAACACCUUCUGGGGGUCAUGAGCUACCUUGUCCCGAGUCAAGUCCGGGAACCACGAAUCACGACGACCAGGGACCACAAAGCCCGGGAAACCAGCGGCGUGCUCCAAUUGAGUUGCCGUCUUGA